UACGCAACACUAUCCGGUGGGAAAAAAGAACGAGCUACUACACAACACUAUCCGGUGGGAAAAAAGAACGAGAGUUCGCCGUGCGUUUUCAAAUCCCUCUCCUCCAUUCUCGUUGCCCUUCGAAGGUGGUGAUGGGGAUUGAGAUCGCUGCUGCUUCCCCACGUCCUCUCCCACUCGUCGUUAUCUCCUCCUCCGCAAACCCUAAUCCACCCCAUCGUUCCCUCCUCCAUCGGAGUCCGUGGAACAAUGCUCAGGUCUGCAGCAUUGUAGCUGGCGAUCUCAAUUCUCCUUCGAGGUUUCUUAUUUUCAAGGUUACCCGAAGAUCAACAACUUACAGGAUAAUCAACCAUGCUGACGACGGUUUAUCAUGUACAUCCUUUUUUCAGACAUUGUGGAUGCCAAAGAGAAUAUAUUCUCAUUAUAUUGCACCACUGAUUAGGUUUUGCACUAAUUUGAGUUAUGAAACUAAGAACCACAAAAUAAGCUAUUGGCAAGAGACAUUCAAGCAUAAUAUAUCUGUCCGUUUGGUUCGUCUGAUCUUUGGCAUGAUGUUUGUGAUGGCCGUGUCUGUAAGCGUCAACAAGGCACCCUCAUGGGCACUUACAGAUGAAAAUCUGCUUUUCUUGGAGGCAUGGAGGACGGUUGAUCGUGCGUACUAUGAUAAAACGUUCAAUGGGCAAAGCUGGUUUAGAUAUCGGGAAACUGCACUCCGAAAUGAACCAAUGAAUACACGGGAAGAAACAUAUGCGGCUAUAAAGAAAAUGCUUUCAACGUUAGAUGAUCCUUUUACUCGGUUUUUGGAACCUGAGAAAUUCAAGAAUUUGCGGUCUGGCACCCAAGGUGCUCUUACAGGGGUAGGUUUGUCAAUCGGCUAUCCUACAGCACUUAAUGGAUCACCAACAGGCCUUGUUGUAAUGUCGUCAACCCCUGGCGGACCUGCUGAGAAGGCCGGUAUCGUUCCUGGAGACAUUAUUUUGGCAAUUAAUGAUGUUAGUACAGAAGAUAUGGAUAUAUAUGAGGCAGCUGAUCGGUUACAAGGUCCUGAAGGAAGCUCGGUGGAUUUGGCUGUUCGCAGUGGAUCUGAGAUAAGGCACCUAGUUCUGAAGAGAGAGAAAGUCACCCUAAACCCUGUAAAGUCAAGACUAUGUGAGAUCCCAGACUCAGGAAGGGAUAGUGCAAGGAUUGGCUACAUCAAAUUAACAUCAUUUAACCAAAAUGCCUCAGGUGCUGUUAAGGAAGCGAUUGAGACACUAAGAAAAAACAAUGUAAAAUCCUUUGUGCUGGAUCUUCGGAAUAACAGCGGUGGACUCUUUCCAGAAGGAAUUGAAAUCGCAAAAAUGUGGUUAGAGAAAGGUGUAAUUGUUUAUAUAUGCGAUAGCCGUGGGGUUCGUGAUAUUUAUGAGGCAGAUGGAGUAAAUACAGUUGCAGCAUCUGAACCUUUAGUUGUGCUGGUUAACCGAGGAACUGCAAGCGCAAGUGAGAUACUUGCUGGAGCACUAAAGGACAACAAAAGAGCAGUGAUUUAUGGGGAGCCAACAUUUGGAAAAGGGAAGAUUCAAUCUGUUUUUGAGCUCUCUGAUGGCUCUGGCUUAACUGUCACCGUGGCUCGCUAUGAAACACCUGCUCAUACUGAUAUCGACAAGGUUGGCAUAAUACCGGAUCAUGCACUUCCGACAACAUUUCCGAUGGACGAAGAUGGAUUCUGUAGCUGCCUUAAGGAUCCUGCCUCUCCUUGCAAUCUCAAUGGUGGCCUGCUAUUUUCAAGAUCAUAACCCCUCUCUUUUCCUCUCCCAGUCAAGUUAUUUUGUGGAUUCAGAAUUGCUUUUGCUGUUCUUCAAUUUUUUCCCAAAAUGUUUCUCUAUUUUAUUGUAAUUAAUUAGUUACGUUGAGAUGCCUAUAGAAUUUGCCUGCAUCUAAUUUCUGGAAGCUUGUUGUGUUGUCUGUAUGAUGAAGUCUGAUUGGGCUGUUGACUAAUUUUGUAAGCACACGCGAAUAUUAAUUUCGUGAUUCGAUUAUGAUUUAUAGGUUGGCAAA